AUGGCUGACUAACUUAAGCAAAGACCAGAUGGUGGUAAAUUCUUGGGAUUUGAUCACAUUCAUUUUUGGGUUGGAAAUGCUUACCAAGCUGCCUCAUUUUAUGUGACACGCUUCGGAUUCCAAUAUUAUGCUUAUAGAGGACUCGAAACAGGAGUAAGAGAUGUGGCAACACAUGUUCUAAGAAAUGGUGAAGGAGUAUUCUUCGCUUUCUCAAGUCCUUAUAGUCCAGAAAAUGUAAUAAUGAACACUCACUAAUCUUAACAUGGUGAUGGUGUGAGAGAUGUUGCUUUUAGAGUUGAAGAUGCCAGAGCUCUCUAUGAUAAAGCAAUUGCCAAAGGAGCCAAAUCAAUUAGACCACCAACAGAGGAUAAGGAUGAAAAUGGAAGCGUUGUUUUGGCUUCCAUUUAAACCUAUGGUGAUACCAUCCACACUUUUGUCUAAAGAAAUGAUUACAAGGGAUUCUUUUUACCUGGAUUCACUAAACAUCCAAAGGUAGAUCCAAUCAAUUCACUCCUACCACCAGUUGACUUUUUAGUGGUAGAUCAUGUUGUCGGUAAUCAACCCGAACAUGAAAUGGUUCCUGUUGCCGAAUGGUAUGAAAAGACAUUGGAUUUCCACAGAUUUUGGUCAGUUGACGAUUCUAUUCUCCACACUGAUUAUUCAUCACUUUAAUCAAUUGUGGUCGCAGAUUAUGAUGAAGUCAUUAAGAUGCCAAUUAAUGAACCAGCUCAUGGCAGAAAAGUAUCUUAGAUUUAAGAAUAUGUUGACUAUUACACUGGAUCUGGAGUUUAACAUAUAGCAUUGAAGACAGACAAUAUCCUAAAGGAAGUAGAAGCUAUGAGAGCUAGAGGACUUGAUUUCCUUUCUAUCCCUGAUACUUAUUAUGAUAAUUUGAGAAAGAACAUCCCCCAUAUGAAUUUCAAGAUUGCUGAAGAUAUUGAUGUAAUCCAAAAGAAUAAGAUUUUGGUUGAUUAUGAUGACAAAGGCUAUCUCCUACAAAUAUUUACUAAACCUUUAGAGGACAGACCAACCUUAUUUAUAGAAAUCAUUUAAAGAAGAAAUCAUUCAGGAUUUGGAGCAGGUAAUUUCAAAUCCCUCUUCUAAUCCAUUGAAUUAGAACAAGCCAUUAGAGGAAAUUUAACAGACAACCCUAAAUACAAAGUUCCAUAUUGAAAAUUUACAAAAAAUUAUAUGUAAAUAUAUAUAAAUAUAUAAUAUAAAAAACACCUAAA